GUCCUCUUCUCUGAACCAGACUCUCAGUAACUGUUUGGAAGCUCUUGGACUUCAGAGCUCAGACCCUCUGGCCUCAGCUAACUUUCCUUUCUUCUCUCAUUGCUCUGCCUCAGGGAGGGCUAGCAUAGAUCACUGACUGAAGCCCCGAAGUCAUGCUUCCAAAUUAGGCAGCACUCUGGAAGGGACGCCGCUUCAAACGAUAAAGUUGAUAAAUGGCCAGAGUCUUCUAUUUUGGUCCUUAUUUUCGUUUUCUCCACUUAAUGGCCAUCCCUUCCAGGGUUGCAGUCUUAAUUAAUUGAAACUUGACUUUGCGCUAGAAGCUGAAGCAAAAUGCAGCCUAUAACUUACAAUGUAUCAAGCCUCUGGAAGAAGGAGCUUGCCAAACAUUGAAAGCACUUGGAGAGUUGAUUUGAGAAAGAUUACAAAAGGCUCUUCCACAACUCCAUAGUGUACAGUCUUGUUAAUAAAUCCUAGUGAGGUGGAAGGUGGAUUAUACCUCCAUGAAUUUAUCAUAGGCUUCUCUCUUUACCCCUCUGGGGGAAAGGCAUUUGCCAGUCUGAUAAAGCCCUGCAUACUUUAGGGCCCCAGGCCAGCUUCCCCAAGCCACAGGCCAAACAGAAUAUGCUUCUAAAAGCUCAUUUCUCUAAAACAACCUUCUGGAUUGAUUCGCAGGUCCUGCAGAGGUGGUGGGUCAGCAGAAGUGGCCAGAUAUUUUUUCCCCACUGGGUACUGGUUCUGGGAACCCAAGCAAGCAUUUUCCCAGUGUUGACUGGCUUCUACAUUUGCUUCAGUGCCUGGGAACCCGUGACUAGUCUCAAAUGCCAGUUGGCCAGCAGUGAGCUGAGCCGCCUGUUUAUAAUUGGAGACUGAGAAAAUUUUGGUCAGCUGAUUUUGAAAUCUCCUCUUCGGGGCUCUUAGAAGUCAUAUGCCCUUUACCGGACCUCUAAAGUACAUUCAGAAAUGUACUUUAGAAUGGUUAGAAUGGGCCGAAGCAAACUCACACAGGUCUGCUCUGUGUGCACAAGGUGUGGAAGUUCUUUGCUGGAGGAAAUAUAUGCCACACAGAGUUCCCUGCUCCAGGCUAAGGCCUACAGUUUCUCUUCAAACUGGUCACAUCAGUAGCCAGGUGCCCUUGUGGCAUUCACAGAGUGGAGCAUGCACACACAGACACAUGCCACACACUUGGUGAUACGUUUAUAACAAAAUAGACCAAAGAGGAAAAUUUUUUUUAAUUUGUUACAACUUGUCUGGGCACAGCCGCAAACCUCCCACCAUGUUUUAGGGUGCUACAAAAUAGACAGAAGAAAACUCACUUGUUACUUAAAAUUUGACUCCUGUUCCAGAAAAUCCAAUCCCUUCUUCUGGCCUCUGCAGGGACCAGGCGUGCAACUGGCACACAGAUGUGCACACACAAACACCCAUACACAUAAAAUUAAAAUAAAACAUGAAAUUUUUAUCAAAAAGGACAGGCAUGGUGACACAUGCUCGUAAUCCCAGGACUUGGGAGCUGGAGACAGGAGUUCAGGGCUAUCCUCUGCUACAUACUGAGUUUAGGCCAUCUUGGGCUACCUGAGAUCCUGUCCUAAAAACAAAAAAGUACUUAAAUAAGAGUGUUUUUUCCCCCACAAUGCUAAAGCUUCUUCUCCACUUCCUUGGAAAUAAUUUAUGUGUUUUCCCUUCUGGAGUGGAAUAUGUAGUAUUCCUUGUAGGUAUUUGGUAUUUAAUGUGUAAUGCAGUAACUAUGUCCAAAGAUGUUAUUUGCCAGAGAAGAAAAAUGUUAUUCAAGAAAUCGCUCAUUUCCAGGGGAAAGUAGCAACAGCAAAAACAACAGCAACAACAACAACCACAACCACCACUUUGUGAUUCCUCUCAGAGAUGUUUCUGCUUGGCAAGUCUCCCUUAUCACCAUCUGUAAAAUAAAUACUGGUAUUUAUUAUCAGGCAUGCUCAUACCUUGGCUACGUAUUCCAAUUGGCAAGGCUUCAUAAUCGAUAUAAAAAACCAUGCGACUGUCAGUCACACAGUCGGUUAUUCCACACUAAUGUAACACCCCCUGAGGUUUUCAAGUUGUGUCUAAACAUCCACGGUCCUACUGGUGGGGUUGGAGUGAUGGCUCAGUGGUUAGGGUCACAUGGCGGUCUUCUAGAGGACUCAAGUUAGGUUCCCAGAACCCAUGUUACACAGUUCACCAUCUCCAGUUAAUGACGCUACAGGGGCUCUGACACUCUUCAGGUCUCCCUGGUACACAUUCACACACACGCAGCCAUAACAGACGCAUAAUAAAAAUCAGAAUCAAUAUUUAAAAACCAAAGUAGUAUUUGAGAAGUGAACAGGCGAGCGUGUAUAAAUACAACAUUCAGCACAUUUGUCAAUUAUAUGAACAGAUGAGGCACAAACAAAAGACUGAACUUAACAGUGGCAGGUAGGCAAACUGAUUUGUACCGGACAUGCCUACGUUCAUAUUGUAGGCAUAAAGUACUCGUUCGAUUCCAUGUGUGUUGUUGUCUGGUUGUAUCUGAGGAUCGGUUUUCUUGCUUAUCAAAUGAGUAGCUUAAUAUUGCCUGCUUCCGAGGACUGGUGAAGACCAGACAGUGCAUAGAAAUGGCCCAGCGCAGGCUAAAUACUGCCACUCUGCACGAAUCUCAGGUUUACUCGUUUGACACCAACUUGACCACUUAAUGGCCAAGAGUCUUCUGUGGGUCCACAUUCUCUGAUGGAUACUUCAAGUAGACCAGCCGCCUUAGUAAUUUCAAGGAAGAGAGAUGGAUGGGCACGAGCAGGGGGUUCCACUGUGGACUUCAAGAGGCCAGGAAGCAAACCGAAUCCCUGUACACAGAGUGGUGUGGCCUGAGAUGACCGUCAGUCAUUUAAAGGAACAGGAGGCUGUCUGGUUCCUGAUGGUCUAGGGGCAUGACUGUGCUUGAUAACCCGAAAGGGCUAAGUUGCUCUUGACUAGUGAGAGAGAGAGAGGAAGAAGGAAGUUGAUCAGAGGAAGCAGGCCGUAGAAGGGAAGGACAAGUACCCUAAAAAUCUGAGUGUACUUGUGAGGCCAAAAGUGGUUUUGUGUGGUUGGAAAGAUGAUUCUGACCAAAACUAUCAGGGCAUGAGGAUAGAAGACGAUGGGGAAGAUGCCAAAAGAGGUGCCAUUUUAUACCUCACAGAAGGUGCCUCACACCAACAGCUUUGCAGUGAGCGGAGAACCUUGGUGGCAAGGCUGAUAUUACUUUACCUCGGAACCAGGAUUUGUGUAUUUCCCACAGUUAUUCGCCUCAGUGGUUCCGGUGAGGACCUCGUGCAAGCAGGGGGUGCCUUUACUAUUUAUUAACCACGAUUAUUUCACCAACAUCACUGAGGAAUCAAAAUGAGCCCGUUGACAUAGGCCCAGAACACGGAGAGCUUGGCUUUCAAAGGUGUCUACAGUCUAGUAGGCUAGAUGAAGAGAACAGGGAGGGUCAGAGGUUUGAGCACCGUCUCUUUACAUAGUAAAUGGAAGCACCAAAUUGGAUGUGUCUUAGUUUCAUUUCUGUUGCCAUGACGAAAUAUCCCGACUCAAGACACCUUAGAGCAGGAAAAGAUUUCUUUCAGCUUACAAUUCUAUAUCACGGUCCAUCAUUGCAAAGAAUCCAGGCAGGAACUUGAAGCAUCAACUGUAGAGGAAUGCUUCUUACUUGCCACAGGGAAUGGUGGGUCACCCACAUGGCCUGGACCCUUCUACGUCAACUCAUAAUGAAGACAAUCCCCACGGGCCAGCCUGAUCUAGGAAAUCUUUCAAAUGAGAAGACAAUCUCAGAUAACUCUAGAGUAUGUCAGGUUGACAACUAAAACUAGGAGGACAGGAUAUUACCUAGAGAAGAGAAAGUUCUUUCCACUCCCAGCAUAGCUGAGGACCGUGGCUUCUCGACAUUCAGCGACAUUAGGGCUCACAAACUCUGUAAAAACUUCAGUGAGAUUUGUGUGCAGACUAGGAAGGGGAAAUGGAGAAUUGGAUCCACCAGAUAAACCGUGUGAAUCACCGUUUAUUCUUUGAGUCAUUGAACAAUCAUCCAUAUGGUUUUCCAGGCACUUUUAGACCUGGAGGUUCAGACUCUUGGGUCUGGUCUUGGCACUUGGGCUUGAGCUCAGAGCUUCAGAAUGAAGAGUGCUCAAGGGAUAUUCGUGUAGGUGAAGAGGGUGCUUCUUCAGAUUCCACAUUUUAAAACACGAGAGCACACAGCAGCUACAGAACACACUCAUAAAAAAAGGAAUGCUUGUCCUUCAAGAUGGACAGAACACUGCUUCCUAAGGCAGUGCUGCUCCUGUGGCUUUCCAGCGUUCAGAAGCUGAAUGAGUUUCUCUUGAGCGAUGAGAUUGGCGAGGACAGCUGGAGGACUGGGGAGGGGACGCUGCCUUUUGAGUCCUGUAAGAAGCACACCGGAGUGCAAUCAAAACCGAUAAACAGGAAGCAGCCUGGAAGGUACCACCUGGACAACUACGAGCAGGCGCGGCGUCUUCGGCCUGCUGAGACUGAAGAUGUUGCCAUAAAGGUGACGAACGGAUACUUCUCAUGGGGCAGUGGUUUAGCCACAUUAUCCAAUAUUGACAUUCGAAUUCCAACAGGUCAGCUAACCAUGAUUGUGGGUCAGGUGGGUUGUGGCAAAUCGUCUCUCCUCCUUGCCAUCCUUGGUGAGAUGCAGACCCUGGAAGGAAAAGUUUACUGGAACAAUGUAAAUGAAUCUGAGCCUUCUUUUGAAGCAACCCGAAGCAGAAGCAGGUACUCUGUGGCUUAUGCUGCCCAGAAGCCUUGGCUCCUCAAUGCUACGGUCGAGGAAAACAUCACUUUUGGAAGUUCUUUCAACAGACAGAGGUACAAGGCUGUCACCGAUGCCUGCUCUCUGCAGCCAGACAUUGAUUUGUUACCCUUUGGAGACCAAACUGAAAUUGGAGAGAGGGGUAUCAACCUGAGUGGGGGUCAGAGGCAGAGAAUCUGCGUGGCCCGGGCACUCUACCAGAACACCAAUAUUGUCUUCUUGGACGAUCCAUUCUCCGCUCUGGACAUCCACCUGAGCGACCACUUGAUGCAGGAAGGGAUCCUGAAGUUUCUCCAGGACGACAAGAGGACGGUCGUCCUUGUGACUCACAAACUACAGUACCUGACGCACGCGGACUGGAUCAUAGCCAUGAAGGAUGGGAGUGUGUUAAGGGAAGGGACUUUGAAAGACAUCCAGACCAAAGACGUGGAGCUCUAUGAACACUGGAAAACCCUCAUGAAUCGGCAAGAUCAGGAAUUAGAAAAGGACAUGGAAGCCGACCAAACAACGCUGGAGAGGAAGACUCUCCGAAGAGCUAUGUACUCAAGGGAGGCCAAAGCACAGAUGGAGGAUGAAGAUGAAGAGGAGGAGGAGGAGGAAGAUGAGGACGACAACAUGUCAACUGUAAUGAGGCUCAGGACGAAGAUGCCCUGGAAGACCUGUUGGUGGUACCUCACUUCAGGAGGGUUUUUCCUGCUCUUCCUCAUGAUCUUCUCUAAGCUUUUGAAGCACUCUGUGAUCGUGGCCAUCGACUACUGGCUAGCUACGUGGACCUCCGAGUACAGUAUAAACGACCCAGGGAAAGCUGACCAGACCUUCUAUGUGGCUGGGUUCAGCAUCCUCUGUGGAGCGGGCAUUUUCCUUUGCCUCGUCACCUCCCUCACUGUAGAAUGGAUGGGUCUCACCGCCGCCAAGAACCUCCACCACAAUCUCCUCAAUAAGAUAAUUCUGGGCCCAAUAAGGUUCUUUGAUACCACGCCCCUGGGACUGAUCCUCAAUCGGUUUUCUGCUGAUACCAACAUCAUCGACCAACAUAUCCCUCCGACCUUGGAGUCGCUGACCCGCUCUACCCUGCUCUGCCUGUCGGCUAUUGGGAUGAUCUCCUAUGCUACACCCGUGUUUCUCAUCGCUCUUGCGCCCCUGGGCGUCGCCUUUUAUUUCAUCCAGAAAUACUUCCGGGUUGCCUCUAAGGAUCUCCAGGAACUCGAUGACAGCACCCAGCUCCCCCUGCUUUGUCACUUCUCAGAAACAGCUGAAGGGCUUACCACUAUCCGGGCCUUCAGGCAUGAAACCAGAUUCAAGCAACGCAUGCUGGAGCUGACAGACACAAACAACAUUGCCUACUUAUUUCUCUCCGCAGCCAACAGAUGGCUGGAGGUCAGGACGGACUACCUGGGAGCUUGCAUUGUUCUGACGGCCUCCAUUGCAUCCAUCAGUGGCUCUUCCAACUCUGGACUAGUGGGCUUGGGCCUUCUGUAUGCCCUCACGAUAACCAAUUACCUGAAUUGGGUUGUAAGGAACUUGGCCGACCUCGAAGUCCAGAUGGGCGCAGUGAAGAAAGUGAACAGUUUCUUAACUAUGGAGUCUGAGAACUAUGAAGGCACCAUGGAUCCUUCUCAAGUCCCAGAGCAUUGGCCACAGGAAGGUGAGAUCAAGAUUCACGAUCUAUGCGUCAGAUAUGAAAAUAACCUGAAGCCCGUUCUGAAACAUGUCAAGGCUUACAUCAAGCCUGGGCAGAAGGUGGGCAUCUGUGGUCGCACCGGUAGUGGGAAGUCCUCUCUAUCUCUGGCUUUCUUCAGAAUGGUCGACAUAUUUGAUGGAAAGAUAGUCAUUGAUGGAAUAGACAUUUCCAAGCUGCCCUUGCACACGCUCCGCUCUAGACUGUCCAUCAUUCUCCAGGACCCAAUCCUGUUCAGCGGCUCUAUCAGAUUUAACUUGGAUCCUGAAUGCAAGUGCACAGACGACAGGCUCUGGGAGGCUCUGGAAAUUGCUCAGUUGAAGAAUAUGGUCAAAUCUCUGCCAGGAGGCCUAGACGCCACUGUCACCGAAGGUGGUGAGAACUUCAGCGUUGGACAGAGACAGCUGUUCUGCCUGGCCAGGGCCUUUGUUCGAAAGAGCAGCAUACUCAUUAUGGAUGAGGCCACGGCCUCCAUCGACAUGGCCACGGAAAACAUUUUGCAGAAAGUAGUCAUGACAGCCUUUGCGGAUCGCACGGUUGUAACCAUAGCUCAUCGGGUUCACACCAUUCUGACUGCUGACCUGGUCAUUGUGAUGAAGAGAGGAAACAUUUUGGAAUACGACACCCCGGAAAGCCUCUUGGCCCAGGAGGAUGGAGUGUUCGCCUCGUUCGUUCGUGCGGACAUGUGACAGGAUUACAUCACAACAGCACCUGUGUCUCGAUGCCUACCGUCGCCCACCAGAGGGAUCCCCCAACUUUGCCUCGGAAGGGUGGCGCCGGAAACUUCGACAGACUUCUGUAUGGAAAGUAGAGAUUUCUGUUUCCUGUUUUGGUCUGAGGGACACUCCCUGUAGGUUCAUCGUGGGUGUUGUACUGUGAUCAGGCCACACUGGAAAGGUAGCCUAUGCUAAAACAUGCCAGCGACCUUAAGGGGUAAAUCUGUCGAUGUCUGUCAAGCACUGGAGCUGAAAUGAGUCGUCUGUGCUACCACACUCUCAUUAGGAAGACUAGCACUGCCCUGCUGUUGAUGAAGAAAAUUCAUUUUCUAACAAAAUACUCACGUUCAUGAUCCAUAGGAGAGUCUUUUCUGUGCAUUUAACAUUGUUGAUAUUUUUUUUUAACUUUUCCCCUUUUAAAUCAUUUCCUGUCACCACGAAGCUAUCAUAUUUAGUACCUCUAUAAAGCCGACCCCUCACAAGAGAAAGAUCAUGAAAAGAGAUUGAAUAUUUGAAAAUAUUAUUUGUUUCCAUUUGCCUCCAUCCAAUAAGGAGGAAGUUCAAGUUAGCUUCAGUCCUUCAGCAAUGGGCCACCUAAACUAAGCUUUCUAGAGUUUAAUUCUUUAUCAGCCAAACAAUGGCUCUGAACCCUGAAAUGCUAUAUUAUCUAGGGCCCAAAAGAAUAUAGAUGAAUGGCCUUAUCUGUCACACACACAGACACACACACACACACACACACACACACAUAUACAUACACAUCUUCAUGCCAUAUCUUGGCUGUAUGCUAAUCUUGGCAUGUGCACAUUCCUCGAAGGUUCCAGAUAUCCCCUACCCUACAUCUCUGUGGGAAGAUAGAAAUAGUUCCCACUCUGAAUCUACACAGGUAGCAAGUGUUUAUUUUCACUUGGGCAAAUUUCAGUGGCAGACAUUGAUGUCACACAUGUGGCCAUUGGUCCUGUUCUAAUUUAUAGAGUGUACCAGAAGUCUAUAUGAUAUUAGUGUCACAUUUCAUUUAACUGCCCAUUAAUAAAGCCAAACUGACUGAAGUUCACUUCCCUGUUAUCCCAGCUUCCACAGUUUCUGUAACCUUUAACCAUCAGAUAUAAGCACUGCUCAAUUCCAUAUGAGGGUCUCCACAGAAAAUAGAUGCCCCAUCCCCACCGUUCCUGUAGUCAUAUUGCGUUCUUUAUUCUGUGUCAAGACUUAUAGUUCUUGUGCAUCGAGAUAUUUCAAGGUGCCUUUAUGGAUAUAGAACGUAAUAUAAGAAAAACGUUCAUAGAGAUAGACAGAAACGGCCCAGGUUACUUAGCCUAAUUAGUCACCUUUUCUUCCAUAUCAAAAACUUCAUUAGAAAAAAAUAAUAGUAUUAUUUGCAGAAAGCUAGUAGGUCACAGCUAUUAGCAAUGAGUUCAACCUCAAAAGUACUUCAUAAGAGAAUCGACUAAUCUACUAAAAUAUUGCUGGUGUGAGAAGGUUCUGCUGGGGCUGGAUACCCAUGACGUUUGUUGUCAGUCAGUGUCUCCUUCUCUCCUAGAAAUGGCAUUCAUCUACAGAAGUAGCUCCCUCGCUGUAGCCCACUACGCCAUCCUGUGCAAAAGUGACUUUCGUUUCCUCGAAACUUUUACUUACUUGAUUUGCAAAAAACAAACAAACAAAAAAAAAAACAAACAAACAAAACACCUACCAAACGAAGUCUGGUGACAUCUCAGUCAGUCGAUCAGGAAUUGCGUUGUCUGGGUGACCUGCAAUGACAGAAAGGAGCUUUUACUGUAGUUAAGACUGUAAGAAAAGAAAAUCGCCUCCACAGAGUUAAAUUUUACAUCGAUAUAACCAAAUCGAAUUCACACAGAUUGAUCCUAUCCUGUCUGUGAAAAGCAAGAAGUGCAGAUGUGUUCAUGAUAAAAUGACAGGGUUGUUGGGGUCGCCCUGUGUAUAAGGAUCGCUUUCCUCAAAGGUUGUGGCGCACACACCCUGCCACUACUCCUCAUGACUCUUCUAGAUGUAGGUUAGACACUGAAAGAUCUUUCUAAGCAUCUGGUGUGAUCAGGACCUUAUCUUGUCCAUCUUCCUGUGCCCUUGGCACUAAAACAAGUGCAUGGCUCCAAAUAAAUAAAGUGGUUUCUCCCCGGACUUCUUCUUUUAUUUUUCUUUUAACUUCUCGUCAUGUGGCUAUAACUGUGGGCUCCUCUUGACUUCCUCUUUACUACGCUUAUCCUAUUUAUUCUCAGUAUAUGGAAUUCAUUUAUUAUGCGCACUGUAUGUUUUCUCUCUGUAGUACAUGAGAGCUUAUUGGCUUACCUUAUAUAAUAAAUUAACCCUUUGUUUACCCAA